UCUUCGAUUUUGACAUCUGUUUUUGUUUCUCAUUUAAAGUUAAGAUAGUGAUAAUAGUUGAAUAUCUUAAAUGUUUUAUUUACUAUAUUGAAGGUAUUGUGUAUUAGGUAAAUUAACAUUAAACUAUCAAAAAUGUAUCGUUUACCGAUUUCAAAUAAAACGACUCGUGGAUUCUAUAAAACACAUAGGACUUUGACGUCCAACAGCAUUAGGAGCUCUUUUAUUGAAUAUUUUUGUAAAAACCACGACCAUAAGUUCGUGAAGUCUAGUUCCGUGGUGCCACUAUGUGACCCCACGGUACCUUUUGUUAACGCCGGAAUGAAUCAGUUUAAAGGGGUGUUCCUGGGUGUGGUGGAGCCUCCGUGUGCAAGGGCGGUCAACUCUCAGAAGUGUGUGAGAGUUGGUGGUAAACACAAUGACCUGGAGCUGGUUGGCAUGGAUGGUCAUCAUCACACCUUCUUUGAGAUGUUGGGAAACUGGUCUUUUGGUGAUUACUAUAAGAAAGAGGCAUGUCAAAUGGCCUGGGACCUGCUUCUCGGUCCAUUCCGACUGAAACCAGAGGACCUUUUGGUGACAUACUUUGGUGGGGAUGUUGUGAUAGGCUUACAGGAGGACAGAGAGUGCAGAGACAUUUGGAGAUCACUUGGAGUGCCAGCGAGCAGGUUGCAGGCUCGGGGGGCAGCAGACAACUUCUGGGAGAUGGGACCGACGGGCCCGUGCGGCGCCUGCACUGAGCUGCACUAUGUGGGAGCAGACGGCAGCCUCACAGAGAUAUGGAACCUUGUCUUUAUUGACUGUAACAGAGAAGGCGAUGGGUCAGUGAAGCGCCUGCGGAGGCAGCACGUGGACACGGGCAUGGGUCUGGAGCGCGCCGCCGCGCUGCUGCAGGGCGUGCGCUCCAACUACGACACGGAUCUCUUCAGACCAUUGCUGGACGCCAUACACAGGAACAGCAAGGGCGUGCCGGCGUACGGCGCGCGGGAGGGCGCGGGCGCGGCGCUGGACGGCGCGUACCGCCGGCUGGCGGACCACGCGCGGAUGGUCAGCGUCUGCCUCGCAGAUGACGUCUACCCCGUAGCCAGCUUAAACCUGAAACAAAUCAUGCGCAAAUCGUUCAAGAUUUCCACCGACGUCUUCCAAAACCCCCGACUCUUGAACGAGCUGUACGGCGAAGUGGCCGCCAGCCUCGGAGAUACGUACCCGGAGCUGAUCGCUAAACGAAACGAUGCCAACCUCAUCAUAGACCACGAGAGGGAGUCGUACGCCAAGCUGCGCGCCGACCUCCAGAAAAAGUGGAAGGGCCUCGUGCGGAGAUAUCCGGAGGUGGAGAGCCUGGCCGACAUCGAGCUGGCCGGCUUCCCACUGGGAUAUACUGAAUUUAAAGAGACAAUGUCCAAAACGAACUCCGCAACGAUGCCCGGAGAAUUAGUAUUCAAGUUAUACGACACGCACGGCUUCCAGGAGGAAGCGAUCGAGAGGAUAGCCAAGUUGAACAACUUAGACAUAGAUAAGAAAGCGUUCUGGAAGCUCCUCGGUCAGCACAAAUCUAGACAUAAGACCGCCUUCAAGGAACGAGCUCAGAAGGGGCUCGCCUUCGAAAAUAUCGUGGACAGAUUACUGAAGAGUAAUAUUAAACGUACAGAUGAUUCAUACAAAUAUAAUUAUUUAUAUGAAAACAAGGAGGUGACGUUCGAGCCGCUCGAGUGCAACAUAGUGGCCAUAGUGAACGAGGACGGCGAAUGGAUCGACUGCCUGGAGCCGUGCGAGACCAGGCCCUACUAUCUGGUGACCGACAGGACCAACUUCUACUGCGAGGAGGGCGGCCAGGAGGCCGACACCGGCCUCAUCACGAUCGACGAUCACGUCUGUAUGGACGUGGAGAAAGUGUUCAAAGUGCGCGACUUCGUGUUCCACAAGGGGCGGUUCGCGGUGCGCAGCGGCGUGAGCCUGAUCACGUGCGAGCAGCUGGUGCAGGACGCCAUGCGCGUCGCUAUCAAGUUCGCGCAGGCGCACACGAGAGGCCACGCCCCCGCAGCGCAGGACCACGCCCCCGCAGCGGCCGACCAGGACCGACAGCACAACUAA